AUCCGGUAGAAUAACUUGGACUGAUCACUGCGACUCUGCGACAGAGUCGCCUCGUAAUCGUCCCGAAUUUCAUCCAACCGUUUCGUAAAGAAAUGCUUAGCCGGGGAUCGAAUGCUCGGAUUUCCGGCAUUUCUGUCCGAUCGCCGAUUUCUUCUCUUAUGCUCGCCAUGUUGUCCACCAUGGCUUCUUUGUACGUCGCCGGCCGUUUAUGGAUAGAUGCGGAAAAUAGAGUUUACUUAACAAAAGAGCUUGAUCGGGUAACUGGUCAGGGACAGUCUGCAAUCUCUGUAGAUGACACUUGGAAGGUCAUAGAGUGCAGGGAACAGAUGAAGACACUUUCAUCCUUGGAAGCAGAGCUGACAGCUGCUCGACAGGAGGGUUUUGUUCCAAAGGAGUUAGCCAAUACUAAAAAAAGGCCUUUGGUUGUGAUUGGGAUUUUUACUAGAUUUGGGCGCAAAAAUGAUAGAGAUUCUAUUCGCAAGGCAUGGAUGUCCACAGGUGCGGCCUUGAAAAGGAUGGAAGAUGAGAUGGGUGUUAUUGCCCGAUUUGUCAUUGGCAGAAGUUCUAAACGUGGGGACAGCUUAGACAGAAGUAUCGACGAUGAGAACAGAGAAACCAAUGAUUUUUUCAUUCUUGAAGACCAUGUUGAGGCUCCUGAUGAAGUGUCAAAAAAGGCAAAACUAUUUUUUGCUCAUGCGGCUGAUGGGUGGAUUGCUGAUUUUUAUGCAAAAGUAAAUGAUGAUGUCUACGUAAAUAUUGAUGCCCUAGGGAACACACUUGCAGAAUAUGUGAACAAGCCUCGCAUAUAUGUUGGGUGUAUGAAAUCAGGGGAAGUCUUUUCUGAGAAGGGACAUAAAUGGUAUGAACCAGACUGGUGGAAAUUUGGUGAUGGGAAAACGUACUUCCGUCAUGCUUCUGGGGAUAUGAUUGUGAUAUCACGAGCAUUGGCUAAACAUAUAUCAAUAAAUAGAUCCAUCCUUCGUACAUAUGCGCAUGAUGAUGUCACUGUCGGGUCUUGGUUCAUCGGCGCUGAUGUCAAGCAUGUGGAUGAUAAGAAGUUUUGCUGUUCUUCUUGGUCGACAGGGUCCAUCUGUUCUGGCGUAUAAAUGUAGAACCUUUCUAACCGGACGAUACUAUUGAAACAUUGUAUUCUUAUGACUUCACCAUUCUUUAUACAUUGAAGAGACCGGGUCGACAUUGAGACGUGGGGAGUUGCUCUCAGUUAUGGGUAUCCCAAAAUAUACACAGAGAUGUAUAGUCGUCACAGUUUUAUUUUCUUUUUUUUUUUUGAGUAACGAGAUGACAUAGGACAUUUCUUGUUAAACUGUGCUUGAACUAUGAUAUAUAAAGGGGUUGUUUCCCCGGGUCACUCUUACCUGUACAACCAUGUUCAGUUGUAAGCACUUCAGGUGUGAGGUGUGAUAGUUAUAUAGAUAUGUGAGUUUUUGUCAUUGAUAUACUUAAAUUGAUUACAGUUUUUUUUCUAAGCUUUUGAGGGUAUAAUUCCAAUUUAUUCCGUAAUAGAACCUGAAUUGAAGAUGUAACACCCCAAUCCGUAUAACCCGGAAUUUUACGAAUUAAGGUGAAACGAGAGUUAAUUAAAAAUUUCGCUUGACAUUUGAAAAUGACAAUUUCUUAUAAAUAUCAAAUUUACAGACUCUGGAUCGCGACCCAUUUAAAAAAUAUUUUUAGAGUAAUGCGGAAGUACAAUAAUAAUCAAAUCAUGACACAUUUAAAAAUCUGAUGAUCAACAUUUGCUUGCCAUCCUUGCAUCUCCUCUGACUCAAUGCCCUCCGGGAGUGGUUCCAUCAUUGUCUUCUUGUUACCUACGUGUAGUCAACGAAAAAUACAAACUACACGCUCAGCGAAACCGCUGAGUGGUACCACGCUAGAAUUGUAGAAUGAUUCUCAGACAUAUACAUAUAUAUACGUCCACAAAAUGUAUAGUAACAUUCAUGAUAUGACACAUAUUAUCAUAUGGUCAAUUUGAUGAAUCAUGAUGAUAAAUAUUUAAUGAUAAUUACCUGAUGGCAUAUAUAAUCAAUAUAAUUAUUUUUGAUGAUGAUUACAUGACACCUAUGUAAUCAAUAUAAUUGUUCUUGAUGAUGAUUACAUGACACCUAUGUAAUCAAUGUACUUGAUGAUGAUAACAUGAUUUCACAUUUUAUCAAUUUGAUUGUUCUUGAUGAUGAUUACAUGACACCUAUGUAAUCAAUGUACUUGAUGAUGAUAACAUGAUUUCACAUUUAAUCAAUUUGAUUGUUCUUGAUGAUGAUUACAUGACACCUAUGUAAUCAAUGUACUUAAUGAUGAUAACAUGAUGCAUGAUUCUAACGAGCAAGGACACCCUUGCGCUAUGAGAUUCGCCCAUUUUGUACGACGAACUCACGCGGCCUUAGUCUCACGAAUGAGGUGAGACUAGAAAGAUAGGGGUGGUACUCGAAACCUGAAUACCAUGUACGUACACUAAGCCCAGAACGGGUGAUGUCGGACUAGUAAGUCUCGCACAUCACGCUAUAAGAGACGCAAUU